AAUUCUAGCGACCGUUUCUUCUCGAGUUCAAUACGAAAGUUACUCCUAUUUAGACGAGCGUUCCAUUCAGGCAAUUAUUUCCCCACUUUAUUGCCUUAAACUCCCAAACGGCCCAGGUGCACCGAAUGCCAAUCUGUGGCAUACCUCUCCCGAUCUGCCCCCACAACUCAUACCAACACAAACCGAGAUGUCCUCUGUGUGCCCCUUAUCCUCCUCCACCACUUCGCUUCAGAAAGUUCGUACUGAGAUGCCCUGUACAACACGCACCGACCAUGCCAACAUCAGCCACAAACUCGAGUUCAUCGCUAGGUUACGGCGCUCUCGGUGAUCAUCUCGUCAAAUCCUUGCACCAGAAGACGUUCCUCGUCGAGGGCUACCUCCAGGACAUGGUCGGGCAUGAUGUUGUCGCUGUUGGCCACGACGUCAUCGGAAUUCAUCCGACCGCCAUGCCGUCGCCGUGUUCAGGGACGAACGUCACGAUCAUCUGGAGAGCGCCAAGGACGCCCCCGAGACUGCCGUCGCCUGCCGCACGUCAUCCGCUCCCUCGUCUUGCCCGCCUCGAGCUGCACUCCUUCGACUUCUUCCCAGUUGCGCAAGACCACCGGAGCGCUGAGAAACACCACGACCGAGUCUGCCAUAAUCGUCUUCCUAGCACGGUCGCCUUCUACCGCUGUUUCUGCGGAGAGCCACGUGUUUUGUUUGAGAGAAAAGGGGAACGAUCUUCGACUACCAAAAAGGCAAGUGACACACCCUCACAAAUGUCCUAGAUUUUAUUCAUGCACCGUAGUGAUUUUUGUAGUAAGUCUAGGGAUAUGCUUUGCUUUUGUAAUCCCAGUAGAUAGCUACUUCCACCUGACCAUAUUUUGUCGCCAUUAAAUUUAGUUGAUGCUUAGCUAUGCUAUGAAAAUGUUUUGCUAGUGGUUAAAGAAAAACAACUAAGUUUAAUGAACUACCUGGGUGAAUGGUGGAGCUUUGGAGCGGGUGGCUGCAUCAGGGGGGCCCUGUCAACGGCGAUACCCUGGUGUGAGUACACAUUUGCGGAAAGUCACCCAGGAAUAAAGAGAUUGUAGACAACCUUGCUCAUUAGCUUACCGUACAACCACAUGCUAUAUGGGCUCUGGCUUGACGGAGUAUGUUGUGAGAACCCGGGCCCUACGUGACAGAUGAUGUAGGGGAAUGUAGGUCGGUACGGGUCCGUAGAGGAUGGUCUGGGGGAUCACUUCAGAAAAAUCUCGUCCUAGUCGACAUCUGUCCAUUUGAGCAAAAUGUGCAUCAUGGAAGAAGAACAGGCUAGGUCAUGUGGGUAAAUUGUACAACCUCUGCAGAGUGUUAAAUCUAAGUACUUAGCCGCGUCCCCGGUUACGGACAAUUUGAGCGAACUGACAAGGCACAUGUUCGAAAGUCUCCUCACCCCAACUUCUUAAAUUAAAAUUUUGAUGGGUGAACAAGGGUAGGAGGAAUUCACUGGUUUCCAUCGGUGGUAUUCCAGGUUCAUUGAUUUCUAUCAAUGGUGUUAGGAAUAGUUAGCUUUACAUCUAGGCUAAGUAGUAAGUUAGCUUUCUUAUUAGGCUAACUAUUAGCAGUUAGAAUAACUGCGUUGGCCAAACGCUAAGUCGAACAGGCGCUUGUAAAUCUUACGCUAUAUGCGUCUGUACAAUGGGUAUAUAUACCCCAUCUCUUUGAUCAAUGAAUGACACUUGAUUCUCUGAAUCUCUUCAGUUCUAAACACGUUAUCAGCACUUGGACUCUGCCAAGAGCAACAAGGCCACAUCGCAGAAAGAGAGUUAAGAAUCAUGGAAGGACACCCUUUGACGUCGGCGUUCGAGCGACCUCACCUUCCACCACGGCAUCGACCGUUAUUGCGCUUUCCGGCUGCUCCCGGCGGAAGCCGUCGGUCCCGACGCGGCCACAGCCCGACGGCCGAUGGCGUGCCUGCUCCCUGCAGCACGGAGAACCAACAGACGCAGCCUCGUUUCGCGAACGGCGGUGGCGACGAUGGCCACGGCCGGCACUCGCAGCAGCGUCCUCCGACGUGCGGGAACGACGAUGGCCACAGCCGGCACUCGCAGCAGCCUCCUCCGGCGCGCGGGAACGACGAUGGACCACUGCCGACACUCGCAGCAGCGUCCUCUGACGCGUGGGAACGACGAUGGGCCACUGCCGGCACUCGCAGCAGCGUCCUCUGACGCGCCGCGGCGCCCCCAGAGCCGACUCCCAAAUGGCGCGAAGGUCCACGCCCGUCGCUGCUCCUCCUAGCAUGUCGCUGCCGCUCUUGGCGGUCCGCAUCCGCAGCGCGAGUACUGGUGGAGGCGGAGAACCUCCCCGACAACCGACGGCUAACGGCCGGCGCUCUGCUCAUCCCUGCCGUAUCCACACGGGAGAAAAAUUGGGGAUUUCUUAUCCCUUGCGAUUUGGGGACGAUGGGUUCUAGAAGAUGGCCAAGCAAAAUUUUCCCCAAUAAGUACACGGGAGAGAAAUUGUCAAACCUUAUCUCUUGGCUGUUUUCAUUCCCUCUGUCAGAUUUAGUAAUUUAUGCAAAUGUCUCUAUAGUUUCUGGUUCACACCCCAGGCUGAACUGAUAUUUAUAAUUUAACUCUCUAGUUUUUGUAGUAUGUUACAAAUUAGAUAUCAUGUUCAUGAGACUUUGCAUAUUUACAAUAUUGUUUUCAACCAA